UAGCUGCUGCAGCAGAGGGACGAACAGCUGGUAACUUACAUCUCACGCUAAACAACCCGAGGUUAACCUGAUAAACGAGUCUAAAAAGGACAGAAGACUCUUCCUGAGUCCAAGACCAUCUUCUUAUAUCUUCCAGUAGCGCCAGGACUGUUUCCCAACACCAGCACGCAAAAUGAGCAUGCUGCUUGAACUGAAGAAUGUGGAUCUGAGAGCUGGAGAUAAGCUGAAAAUAAAGGGGCUAAUUCUGCAUGAUGCUGAGCGAUUCCAGAUCGACCUCGGCUGUGAUGCAGACGACCUGGCUCUGCACUUUAACCCUCGUUUCCACGAUGACACUGACGGAGCUGUUCUCGUUUGCAACUCAAGGACUGCUGGUUGUUGGGGCGAUGAGAAACGGGAAAUACACAACCCUCUACAGAGAGGCACAGAUGUCAAGAUUGUGUUGAAGCUGGCAGGAGACAUGUUUGAAGUGGAGCUUCCUGAUGGACAGGAAGUCCAGUUUCCCAACCGUGAUGGCAUGGACGUUAUCAACUACAUCAAAAUCGCAGGAGACUUCAAACUGACUUCCUUCAAGAUCUGCUAAAAGACAAGUACAUGCUGUGUUUAUCAGUUUGGUUUAAGACAAGACUCAUUAAGAGUCAUUAAGAGAUGUAGCUCUUCAGUACACUGGAAAUGUAGCUUUAUUUAAAUGUGUCCUGUUCUUCACAACAAAAUAAACUAUUUAAAUUCAAAUUUUCUUCUUUUUAGUCUUUGAAGGGUUGUAGCCUAAUUCGGACUUUGAAACAUUUCCCAUAAACAUAACAAUAACUUUAAAUUUAGCAUCAGUCUAGAGAGGGCAACAGUUCAAUUAAUACAACAAAUCGCAUACAAAAAUAGUAGAGCCUACUGAGAUUGCUUGUGAAACAUAGCACUGAAAUCCAUCAAGUCUAUCAUGACUAAUUGCUGCCUUCAUUUAAUAUUAUCUGUAACCAGGUCCGUGUACGUUCUGAUAGUUUCUUUUUUCAUUUGAACCAAUAAAUGAACAAACGAGAAAACCACCUUUUUUCCGUUUGUCGUUUCAAACCAAAAACGAAGAAACGGAAUAAAAAGAGCCGUUCUCCCGUUUUUGGUUUCUGAAUCCAAAAACGACUAAACCAAAUUCAAAUAAGACCAAUGACGACAACAAAAAAUGGUCCGAUUUUUGUUUUUAUGAAAUUCCUAUUUUCAUUUUCCGUUUGAAGAUAGGCCUAGACAUAAGAAAAGACAGACCGGUGAGCCAGGUGACCCGGAAGUAAGAGUACAGACAUUAAAAUAAAAGCCAAGCUUUUAGAACGGUCGGAUCUGUAGCAUUAUGCAGCACAAACGUUAUACCAGGGUGACGUUAGAUGAAAAUAAAUAACUAAAUAAAUACACCUGGACUAAGAGAAAUACGUUAGCAACAGCAGUUGAUUGCAUGCACUAUAAUAUUGUGCAUUUAUUCAUGUAAACAGCAAGAGUCACGUUUUUUAAACAUUGUUUGGUGCAGUACAGUUGGUAGGCUAAUAUGGGUUAACCUAAGAAAUGAUUGUAUGUGCAAAGUUGUUACUGUCAGCGCUAUAUUUUUAAUAUUAAAUUUAUAUUUAAUGUGGUUUCCACUGUAAUGAACCAAGCUGUCCCCCCUUUCUACCAGCAGGUGGCAGGAUUUAAAUGAAGGCCUGUACUGUGUCUUUAUUAAACGUUUUGAAUCCAGAUUACUGAUA